CGGCGGGCGGCGGUGGCGGAGCAGCAGCCCUCCGCGGGCCAUGUCUUCUCCGGCCGUGGCUAGGAGCUCCCCUGGAGGGAGCCAGGAGACGGGCCCCGGGCUGCGGGAUCGCGGACAGUUCUGGGAAGUGGGCGGCGGCGGCAGCGACCGGCUGGAGCGCGCGGCCGCGGAGUCGGAGCGCUGGGAGCUGCUGCUCCGCCGCGGCGAGCUGCUGGCGCUGGGCGGCCACCUGAAGGGAGCGCUGGAAGCGUAUUCGGCGGCGCUGCGCCGGGGGGCCUCGGUCAGGCCCGAGCGCCUCGGCACCUUGGUGGACUGCCUGGUGCUCAACUACCGGCUCCGCCACAGGCUGGGCUGGAGCGAAGCCACGGCUGCGGGCGCGGACGCCGCCGCCGGCGGGCUCCUGAGCUGCCUGGGCUGCCGGGGCUUCCUGAGCGAGCCGGUGACCGUGCCCUGUGGCCACAGCUACUGCCGCCGCUGCCUGCGGAGAGAACUCCGCGCCCACUGCCGCCUCUGCCGGGACCGUCUGCCGUCCGCCGCUGCCACCACGGAUGCUGAGGGGACCACGCCGCGGCCGCCGCCCCUGGCCGCCGCCAUCACCGCCUCGGACUUCAGGACCAGUGUCGUCCUCAGCCACCUGGCCGAGAAGUGGUUCCCCGGCCUGCGGGAGAGAGCCCGGGCGGCCGGCCGACUCGGGGAGCUGCUGCACCAGGCGCGCUACGGGGAGGCCCUCGCCGCCGCCUGCGAGGAGCUGCGAGCAGAGCCCAACAAUUUGACGCUUAAAAUUUACAGAGCUGAAUCAUAUGCUGGUCUCCAAGAGUUUAAAGCAGCCAUAGAAGACUUAAAUGCAGUUCUCUGUCACCUCCCAGAUUGGCCUGAGGUUUAUUUCAGGAAAGGAAAAGUACUCCAUGAUGCUGGUUUUUUAGGUGAUGCCUUACAACUAUUUCUUCAGUGCUUAGCCCUUGAUGAAGACUUUGCACCUGCAAAGCUAGAAGUAGAAAAGAUUUUGUGUGAUUUAUUAUCUCCUGAAAAUUUAAAAGAAGGCUUGAAGGAAUCUUCCUGGAGUUCAUUACCGUCUACUAAAAAUAAAGCUUUCAGUUUUCCUUUAGUAAUAGAAGAGUCUCACUCACCUAACGAGCUUAGCUCAGAGCAGAUUGAAGCAAUUCCAGAAAUCACUUCAGAACCUGUCAAAGGAAGCUUAAAUCGCACUCAGUCAGCACAGGCCAUAAAUUCAACAGAAACUCCUGCCAGAGAAGAUUGCUUAAAGAGAGUUUCCUCAGAACCUUUACUCUCAGUUCAAGAAAAAGGUGCUUUGCUGAAAAGAAAGUUGUCUCUUUUGGAACAAGAUGUGAUUGUAAAUGAAGAUGGAAGAAGUAAGCUUAAAAAACAAGGAGAAACUCCCAGUGAAGUCUGUACAUUAUCAUUAGUUUGUGGUGAUAUCCCAGAAGAAUUAAUAGAUGUCUCAGAUUUUGAAUGUUCUCUCUGCAUGAGGUUGUUUUAUGAGCCAGUAACAACUCCUUGUGGACAUUCAUUCUGUAAGAAUUGUCUUGAGCGUUGUUUAGACCAUACACCAUAUUGUCCGCUUUGCAAAGAAAGCUUAAAAGAGUAUCUAGCAGAUAGGAGGUUCUGUGUCACACAGCUGUUGGAAGAAUUAAUAGUGAAGUAUCUGCCUGAUGAGCUGUCUGAGAGAAAAAAAAUAUAUGAUGAAGAAACUGCUGAACUCUCACAUUUGACCAAGAAUGUCCCAAUAUUUGUUUGCACUAUGGCCUAUCCCACUGUGCCUUGCCCUCUUCAUGUUUUUGAGCCAAGAUACAGAUUGAUGAUUCGACGAAGUAUACAGACUGGAACAAAACAGUUUGGAAUGUGUGUCAGUAAUGCACAAAAUAGUUUUGCAGAUUAUGGUUGUAUGUUACAAAUUCGAAAUGUACAUUUCUUGCCUGAUGGAAGGUCUGUGGUUGACACAGUUGGAGGCAAGCGGUUUAAAGUUCUGAACAGAGGAAUGAAAGAUGGCUACUGCACUGCAGAUAUUGAAUAUCUGGAGGAUGUUAAGGUUGAGAAUGAAGAUGAAAUAAAGGACCUCAGAGAACUUCACAACUUGGUAUACUCUCAAGCGUGCAGCUGGUUCCAGAAUUUAAGAGAUAGAUUUCGAAGUCAAAUUCUUCAGCACUUUGGAUCAAUGCCUGAGAGAGAGGAAAAUCUUCAGGCAACCCCCAAUGGACCUGCAUGGUGUUGGUGGCUGCUUGCGGUUCUUCCUGUAGAUCCCCGAUAUCAGCUGUCAGUUUUGUCAAUGAAGUCUUUGAAAGAACGGUUGACAAAGAUACAGCAUAUUCUUACCUAUUUUUCUAGAGACCAAUCUAAGUAACCAACUGCUUGGAUCUUCCUUUAAACAGAUACCCUAAUCUGGCCGCAUUGACAGCCAGAUUGUUCGCUGCCUUUGCACAUCUAGUGCUGGUUUGAGAAAUGUAAUGAAACUGUUGUUUUUGUUUUGUUUUCUCUUCAACCUCCUGAAUCAUGUGGUUCUUCAAAUGAAUACCUUCAACUAGGAUUUAGACCACUAAGAACUUGCACAGAAAACGCACACAGAAUGUGUGUUAAACCUCUACAUUGUGAUAAAGUUGCACUAUGUACCAUAUUCUAAACUGAAAUGAGAACUCUAUGUGUGUGUAUGGGUUGUGUAUGUGUCUAUGUGUGUGCUUGUGUGUGUUCUGAGUGUGUGUAUGUAUGCGAGUGCGCAUGGGUAAUAUGUGUGCAUUUUCUCUGGCUUUAAAAUUUUAAAAGAAAAACAAAAAAGCCAUAGAGAGCAGAACUUGCUGAGGGUUAUUUGUUGCCCAAGUUUACAACAAUAGCGAUACAAGUUUUUGCAAAUUGAAUUUGCCUCUGAGUUCUGUCCUAACGCUUCUAUUUGCACAAGUAUGUGAAGUAUGGUAUUGAGUAUCACUCUUUGUUGGAAAUACUGCUCUUGCUGGACUGUCUUGACCAUUGACUAUGACACAGUUUCUUAUUUAUGUAAAUACUCACAUCACAGUGCCUGACAGGCAUUGGAUGUAGAACCCAGAGCCAGUUUUCAGGAACAAUUACAAACCUGACAUGGUACUGUGCAUCUACUCAUAAAACACUUAAAACUGUGAAAAUAUGGUUUACAUUUAACUGUACAUAAAGGCAAAUGGAGAACUCAAUUCAGUACCGGUUAGUUUGUACAUUUUAGGGGCUUUGACAUUAACUGCCCAUCUAUGUAAUUUAUAGUUUGACAGACUGUGUUUGUUUGUAAAAAAGAAAUUACAUAGUAUAAACCCAUUGAGGGACUUGGAGAAGAAAAGAAGCUUAAAGUAGAAGUAAGCUUUUAAAGUUUGUUUUGGUUUGUUUGUUGUUUUUUUGGAUUUUUUUUUAAAUUCUGGUCUUGGUGCAAAUGUUAGUUAUGCCUUAUUCAUAUCACGAUUAGAUCGCCAUGCUGUGGCAUGGUUUAUAUUCAUGCUGCCCUAGAUACUUUUGUAAUUAUUUGUUGCAAAGUUGUGACUGUCUCUACUAGCUUUCUUUUAUGUAAGUCAUUUGUAAAAGUUUCUUACAAAUUUUGCUUUUGCUUAUUUAAUUUUGAAUAAAAGCUAAAUUCAUAAUAA